UCUUCACUCGUUCUUCUUGCUCUGCUCCAGUUUGCACUUUCUCCUUCGAGGAAUCUCUGGACUUUUGUCUCUGAACUAAACAAUAAUGGCCUUGUUGUCAGGGAAAAGCUGCGCUCUACUGCUGGCCUUUGUGGCUGCAGUUUACAUUCAGCUCUAUCAAGCUCAUGACAUUCCUGAUCGGUGCUACUGUCAUGAAUUCAUCACGUUCAUCAAAGCCAACAUAUCAGAUUUCCAAGUCCAUGAACAGCGAUCUGGCUGUGACAGAACUGAACUGAUUCUAACGCUGCACACGGCAGGCAACACCACAGAGGAAAUCUGCAUGAACACAGAGAAGAAAAUGGCAAAGGCCUUUUUGAAAUGCUGGGAAAGGAUAAACAAAGACGAGAGCCGUAAAAGGGAGUGCACUGACAGAAUGAGAAGGGCCGAGUGAAAGCGCGCAGGGAGGCCUGACUGGGGAGGAAAGUCAUCUGGACCAGGGUCCCGGAGGUGACAUGAAGAGUGAGCCCAUAAGUCUGAGAAAGCUGAGAGCAAAGCUUUCACUGAACUCCUGCACUGCUGAGGAGCGGGAAAUGACGACGAGAGGGGAACAGCCAUGGGAGAGGAAAUAAUUUACAGCUUGCAGGCAGGACUGGAAGACAAAAGAGUUAUAUUCAAGUUAGGGGAUAGGAAAGAGAAAUAUAUGUACAAUAUUAUAACAGCAAGUCUGCAAGGAAGCCACUGUAAAAAUGAACACCAUUGUUUCUGCCUGUUAACAGUUAUUUAAGAUGCCUUAUUUAUUGUAAAGUUCUAUCUGUAUUUUCUUUUUUUUUACAAAUGUGUGAGUCUAAGAAAUAAACCUGAUUUUGAUAUAAA